AUGGCAGACACCCGCCUCAAAGGCCGCAUCGCAAUCAUCACCGGCGGCUCGUCCGGCCUGGGCGCCGCAACAGCCAUCCGCUUCGCAGAAGUCGGCGCCCGAGUCGUCGUCGCCGACCUCAAGUCCGCAGGCGUCGAGAAGAAGAUCCAAGACAAGCAUGGCGCGGAUAGUGCCACUUUCGUCAAGUGCGACGUCACGCAGGAAUCGGAUAUCGAGGCCUUGGUCAAGGAGGCGGCGAGGUGGGGUGGCCGGGUGGAUAUCGCUUGCAACUAUGCUGGUAUCGCCGUCGAGACGGGCCAGGGCAUGAAUAAGCGCGCCCAUGAAGUCAGCUCCAACGAUUACGACCGCUUGUAUGCCGUCAACGAGCGAGGCGUCUGGUUGAGCUGCAAGUAUCAAUUGGCGCAGAUGCUUUCGCAGGAGCCGCGGGAGCCGAAUGGCCGGGGUGAGAGGACGAAAGGGUGGAUCCUCAACGCUGCUAGCAUGCUUGGACUCGUUGCGUAUCCUUAUGUGAGCUGCUACGUUCCGGCCAAGCAUGCCGUCGUAGGCAUGACGAAGCAGAUGGCCAUCGACUACGCCCAGGACCGCAUUCAUGUGAACUGCCUGUGUCCUGGCUUUAUCGAGAGUCCUAUGAUUGCUGCUCUUACCGCCGACCCGGCGACGCGAGAUGCCCUUGCUGCUCAGCAUCCGUGGAACGCAUUGGGGAGGCCGGAGGAUAUCGCCGAUGCGGCUGUGUUCUUGUGCAGUGAUGAGGCGGCGUUCGUGACAGGCCACAGCAUGAUCAUCGACGGAGGUUAUACGUGUCAAUGA